AAACACUACUAACUUGCGAAACACACAGCCCAACUCAAAACACCACCAUUCGCAACCAGCAGCAGUCGCCAACUAUUCAGGGCAGAGCCAGACGCCGAUACCCCAACCUUCCACAACUCCGCCGACUCUCUCUCUUUCUUUUUCUCCUCCCGUCUCUCUCUAUCAAUCUUCUUCUUCUUCCUCGAGCCAUUGCAUUUCUGUGGGUGCCAAAACUCAGACCCAGAUUCGGAAUUUAACGAACAAAGAAGCAAAAAAGAAGAGGGCCGGAGCCGAAGGAAGGGAGAGAGAUGGCGAGGAAGAAGAAACAUACUAAAGUUGAUGAACCCACAAAGAACCGAUUACUUGACGCACUCGAGCGGUUCAACGCUUCAACUGAUGAAGUUUACACAUUUGAGGCCGGUCUCUCGAGCUUCGAACGGGCAUUCGUGCAUGAACAAUGCAGGAGAUGGUCUAUGAAAUCGAAGAGUAAAGGGAAAGGGGAACACCGGUGUAUCUCUGUUUCCAAAAUUAGAAAGAAUAACACUGAUGUACCAAGUCUCAGUUCCUUGACAUUUUCCGAAGGCACAAAAGAAGUAUUAAGUGACUUGUUCGUACGUUACCCACCUGGUGAUGAAGUGGAGGACUUAGAAUUGUCUGGGAAAAGUAGCGAUAAGAAUGAGAGUGCCCAGCGGAAGAGGGACAAUACGUUUCGCAAGCCUUUGAUGAACAAGGAAGAAAUUGAAAAGAAAGUGGAAUCACUUGCUUCUAAAUUAAAGAAUAAUGCUAACUUGAGAACGAUUUUUGAAGACAAGUCCAAGCUUCCAAUUAUGUCCUACAAGGAUGUCAUUACAUCGACAGUUGAAUCUCACCAGGUAAUUCUUAUAUCUGGUGAGACUGGGUGCGGAAAGACAACACAGGUCCCACAAUUUAUUUUGGACCACAUGUGGGGCAAGGGUGAGGCAUGUAAAAUAGUGUGUACUCAACCUCGACGUAUCUCAGCCACUUCAGUUGCUGAGAGAGUCUCUCAGGAAAGAGGAGAAAAUGUCGGAGAGGAUAUUGGAUACAAGAUACGAUUGGAAAGUAAAGCUGGGAGGCACUCAUCAAUUGUUUUCUGCACAAAUGGAAUUUUAUUGAGGAUGCUAGUUUCCAGAGGUGCUGAUAGAUCAAAAGCAGAUGCCUCAAACAAAGAAACCGAGCAUAAUCUUGCUGACAUAACUCACAUUAUAGUGGAUGAAAUUCAUGAAAGGGAUCGCUACGCUGAUUUGAUGCUAGCAAUUAUCAGAGACAUGCUUUCUUCACACCGUCAUCUACAUCUGAUAUUAAUGAGUGCGACUGUUGAUGCCGAACGAUUUUCAAAAUAUUUUGGUGGCUGCCCAAUUAUCCGUGUUCCUGGGUUCACCUAUCCUGUUAAAAGUUUCUAUUUAGAGGAUGUACUUUCUAUCCUGAAAUCUGCAGAACGUAAUCACAUUGAUAACACUGUAGUAGGUUUACAAACUGAAGACCCUGACUUAACCGAGGAAGAUAAGCUUACUUUAGAUGAAGCUAUUAAUUUGGCUUGGUCUAAUGAUGAGUUUGAUCGCCUUCUAGAAUUGCUUUCUACUGAAGGAACACACAAAGUCUUUAAUUACCAGCAUUCUUUAACCGGACUUACACCGUUAAUGGUGUUUGCUGGAAAGGGUAGAACUGCAUAUGUUUGCAUGCUUUUAUCUUUUGCUGCAGACUGCCAUUUACAGGCCAAGGAUGGAACAACCGCAUUGGAGUUGGCUGAACGGGAAAACCAGCAAGAAAUUGCUGAGAUAUUGAAAGAGCAUAUAGAAAAUUCUCUUUCUAACUCGAUGAAAGAACAACUGUUACUUGAUAAAUAUCUCCAAUAUUUCAAUCCUGAAAAUAUUGAUGUGGUUCUUAUAGAGCAAUUAUUAAAAAAAAUUUGUAAUGAUUCAAAAGAUGGAGCCAUCCUUGUUUUCCUUCCAGGGUGGGACGAUAUAAAUAAAACCCGGGAGAGAUUACUUAUGAAUCCACAUUUCAGAGAUUCUUCAAGGUUUCUGAUAAUAGCUCUACAUUCGAUGGUUCCAUCUUUUGAGCAAAAGAAGGUCUUCAAACUUCCCCCUCACGGAUGCCGUAAAAUUGUUCUUUCAACUAAUAUGGCUGAAACUGCCAUCACCAUAGAUGAUGUUGUUUACGUUAUAGACACUGGUCGGAUGAAAGAAAAAAAUUAUGAUCCUUAUAGUAAUGUAUCAACUCUGCAAUCUUCUUGGGUGUCAAAGGCAAAUGCCAAGCAGCGAGAGGGCCGAGCAGGCCGUUGCCAGCCUGGAAUCUGUUAUCAUCUCUAUUCUAGACUUCGAGAAGCUUCAUUGCCAAACUUUCAGGAGCCUGAGAUUAAGAGAAUGCCAAUUGAGGAGCUCUGUCUUCAGGUGAAGUUACUCGACCCAGAAUGCAAGAUAGAAGAAUUCUUGCACAAGACAUUGGAUCCCCCACGUGCAGAGACCAUACGCAAUGCAGUUUCUGUUCUUCAAGAUAUUGGGGCACUGUCGCUCGAUGAGAAACUUACAGAUCUUGGAGAGAAGUUAGGCACUCUACCUGUUCAUCCACUGACAAGCAGGAUGCUUUUCUUUGCAAUACUGAUGAACUGUCUAGACCCAGCUUUGACUCUGGCAUGUGCUUCUGACUACAAGGAUCCAUUUGCCCUGCCUAUGUUACCUGAUGAAAGGACGAGAGCUGCUGCUGCUAAAUUCGAACUUGCUUCAUUGUAUGGUGGCCUUAGUGAUCAGCUAGCAGUCAUUGCAGCAUUUGACUGCUGGAAGGCUGCAAAAGAAAGGGGUGAAGAGAGAGGUUUCUGUUCUCGAUACUUUGUGUCUUCAAGCACGAUGCACAUGCUAUCUGGUAUGCGUGGGCAGCUCCAAAAGGAGCUCAGUCGGCAUGGGUUUAUUCCCGAGGAUGUAUCAAGAUGUAGCUUGAAUGCAAGGAACCCAGGUAUACUCCGUGCUGUUCUUGUGGCCGGUUUGUAUCCAAUGGUGGGUAGAUUGCUUCCUCCUCUCAAGAAUGGGAAACGAACUUUUGUAGAGACUGCUAGUGGUGGUAAAGUUCAAUUGCACGUCCACUCCAUUAACACUAAGUUAUACAAGGCAAAUCCUGGGGAACGUCCAUUGAUUGUUUAUGACGAGGUAACUCGUGGGGAUGGGGGUAUGAAUAUACGGAACUGCACUGUUGUCGCGCCGCUUCCAUUAUUAUUGCUUUCAUCAGAAAUUGCUGUUGCUCCAGCCAAUGAUGAUGAUGACAAUGACGAGGGGAGUGAUGUGGAUUACAUAGAGGAUGGAAGUGAUGAAGAUGUAAUGGAAAUAGAUCGUAAGUCAGGUGGACAACACGAGGAGAAAAUUAUGUCGUCUCCUGAUAAAUCAGUCAAAGUUAUUGUCGAUUGUUGGCUUCAUUUUGGGUCCAAAGCUCUUGAUGUUGCUCAAGUUUACUGCUUGAGAGAACGCCUAUCUACAGCAAUCUUAUUCAAAGUUACGCAUCCAAGGAAAGAUUUGCCUCCUGCUCUCGGGGCCUCUGUCUAUGCUAUCGCAUGUGCUCUAUCUUAUGAUGGUCUAUCUGGGAUCACAUUACCGGUGGAAUCUGUGGAGUCACCGACUUCUGUGCUGGAGAGUCAAGCGUACUUGCAAUUUCUUAUCAGCGGUAACUCACAUGACCAACACAUCCUCCGACCACACUCUAAACCGACACGUAACACAGGCCAUAAACUUUCUAAAUCUCUCGGACCAUGUGAGGGGCAUGGAACAUCACUUAUGAGCCAUAACGCACACCAAACACAUCAGUCCGCACUUGUGAGCCAUGGGACACACCAAACACACCUCAAACCACAUGAGAGGCCUCCACCACAAGGUACUAGUGUACUUGCCGCUAAUGGAGCAGUGAGGUCUUGUACGAAAGGAAACAAAGCAGCCAACUUGAGUGACCCUUCAAGUCACAACGUUGGACCACCGCUUCAUUGGGUUUCCAAGACUGCACACCAGAAGCCUCCAUCAGAAGGUACUAGGUUACUUGCCAUUAAUGGAGGGGCAAAGGUGAGUGAGCCAUUAAGUCAGACUGUUGGCCAACCGGUUAAGUCAACUUCGAGGAAGAAGCGUAGGAAUGGCGCCGGGUAAGCGGUGAUUACUAAUGAGUCUAACUGCAUGUUGUAGGCUGUUAGAUGGGCGUAAGCUGGCCGCGUAGAAGGCCUAGCAGUGGUGGGUAUGGCGGAUGCGGUUAUUGAUCAAUCUACAGAUUUGUACUGCCCUCUUUUAGGCCCAUGUUUAUGAGUUCUUGUCAUUUUAUAGGAUGUGUAAUGUACCGUCAACACAUUGAUCGUUCCAAAUCUCCCGACAUGUAUUCCUCCAGGAAAUUCUUAUUUGCCAACAUUUUCCUGCGAACAAAUGAACGCGUCCGAACCGUAGCUUUGAUUUUA